CUGUGACGGACACCGGUUCUUUGUUUAUGAAGCAAAUGAAAAAUCUUUAUUUCCACUUAUGCACAAUAUAAUAACUAUAUUGUGUAUAAUGUUGCAAAUAGAAUGUGUUUAAUUAAUCCAUUUUAAAACAUGAAUAAACACUCCAAACGCAUUUUCCUACCUGGCAUUAUAUUAUGCACAAUAGAUGACUAAAAUAUGGCAAGGAUCUAGGAACCCCCCCACCCACACACAUCCCCAAAAAUGUUUUAGCAUAGGACCCCGGUCUUGAAGACACACAGGGUUAAUUUCAACCCCCCUCCAUCACAACCCACAUCCCCUGUUUGAAAGCCGCCUCUCUACAGGGAGAGGAAGGCUCUUUUUCGGUCAGAUGGCGUGCUGCAGUCCGCCCCCGUCAUUCUCCAGCCCACGCAGACAGCAAAAAGGCAGCCAGCAACCAAUACGGUUCGCCGAAGGAGGAUUUCUGCCAGUGAUUUCAGACGAGGUACGAUACGCACAGGGGAUUUACUACGGCGAUCGGAACAGGCGAAGCUUGCCGCGGACACAUAGGUUUUCUGACCUGUGACAUCCUUGAUUGGAGAGACACCUUUGCGUAAAUACGCCCGUCUACUGCGUGUGUCCACAUCUGCCUGGCCUGGAUACGUGCUGUGUGCCAUGUCUUUGCCACGCACACUUGGAGAGCUGCAGCUGUAUCGGGUGCUGCAGAGGGCCAACCUGCUGGCCUAUUAUGAAACCUUCAUCCAGCAGGGCGGUGACGACGUGCAGCAGCUAUGUGAGGCAGCGGAGGAGGAGUUCCUGGAGAUAAUGGCACUAGUUGGCAUGGCCACUAAGCCACUGCAUGUGCGUAGGCUGCAAAAGGCCCUCAGAGACUGGGCGGCAAACCCUGCCCUUUUCAAUCAGCCGGUGUCCAACAUCCCACUUGGGGGCAUCCCGUUGUUCAAAGUGGACUGUAUGGGCACGAGUGGGUCAGCAGGUGGACCCAGGAAAUCUGUGAGCAAUGGGCAGCCAGGAUCACCGUGUGAAAGGGAGGACCGAGCAUGCCUCACUCCGAUGCACAGCGGGAGUCCGAGAAGUCCCUGCUCCCAGGCUUCACCACAACCACCGGACACACACUACAGGGAAAACCUGUCCCCCAUGGACCCACACUGGCUCAGUCCAGAGACAGAAGGAAACUGCACCUCUGCAUCUGGGUUAGAGGAGGAGCCUCCAAGUCCACCGCUGUCGACAUGUCCUCCUGGACCGUCUUCAUCUCCAAACCCCUCUGUUUCUUUUGCCCCAGCAGUUCUGUCAGCCUGGCCCGGAGGGCAGCUGGAUGGGGAGACGGCCAGAGCAGUUGGGGAGAGUGUGGAGAGACUUCUCAUGACCCUGCCCAGGUCAGAUCCUGCAGAAGUCAAGACACUGCUAAGGAUGAAUAAGAAGCUGGCAAAGACUGUGGGGCACAUUUUCAAAAUGGGUUCCCAGGACACAAACAAAGAAGAAGAGAUCCGAAAGUACAGUCUCAUUUAUGGGCGCUUCGACUCCAAAAGGAGGGAAGGCAAACAGCUGACACACCACGAGCUGAUCAUCAAUGAGGCUGCAGCCCAGUUCUGUAUGCGUGACAAUGCCCUUUUGUUGAGACGGGUGGAGCUGUUUUCUCUCGCUCGGCAAGUAGCCAGAAAGUGUGCCUACACUUCCACACUAAAGCAUGCAAGGACGACUGCAGAUGAGAACCAUGUGGUGUCACAGAAGAGAGCAAGACAAGAGGCAAACGUUCCAGAGAGUAUGUCUUCAUAUCUUGGCCUGGAGGCCUCGGAGGGCUUGACCCAGAAGACAGAUGACGACAGCCUAUCUGCAGAAAGUCUCGACAGUGUAUCACAAGACAUCGGCUCACAGCGAAACCAGUCUCCUUCAACCCGUCUCCACACUGAUGCUUCUAACCACGCCAGCUGGAGUCGCCAUCUCAUUCAGCAAACACUAAUGGAUGAGGGGCUGCGAUUGGCUCGAAUGGUGUCACACGAUCGGGCUGGAAAGCUCAGUCUAGGAUCAGAAGGAGCUCAUCUAACAGAUCAUGACAACAAAAUAGAGAAGCGGAGCUCAUUACCAGCGUGCAGGAGCAGUAGCCCUUGUAUCACCAAAGACAACUCCAAUCAUCGAGGAAAAUGAAGAGCAGCCAUAAGGUAUCC